GCAAUCUAUCAACUGGAUACACUUGUAUCAAUUAGCAAGUGGAAAUGAUCAUUUUUCCCAGAGCAUGUGAAGGCAGCAUUACUUUGACAAACUUUGUCCAAAUUGGCCUGAUUGGAAACAGGUGUCCCAAAUCGCCAAACUUUUUUUUUUCCCCCAGGUAAAUGUAAGUGGAGUAUGACUUUUAAUUCUAAUGUUUUAAUGGUUUUAGUGUUUUUAAAAAAGAAGAUUUAGAACUUGGAUAACAUUUUACCAAGAUCUAGAAUGAAAUGACUGACCAAAACAUCUCAAGGAUGUCAGACUUUGACUGACUUCAGUUGUCAAGCCCAAUAAGAAGUACUCCCCUUCCGUUUAUCUGCAAAGACCGGAAACAUUUGUCAACAGACACAGACCGUCGCCCCGGCCGGCCGGUUGAGCGAGAAGAUAAAGCAUCCUGCUCUACAGCCUCUGCCCUGCCGACACCAGAAAUGUGAGACCAUCUUCCGUUGGUUCAUCUUCCGAAGAUGAGUGGCCGCUCCCUCUCAUUGAUGGCGGCGAAGAGUGGGAGGGUCAUUGAUGAGCUGGAUUUUUUGGUGGCAAAGCAUGUUACAUCCUGGACUUUGAGAUUCAUUUUCAACGAAAACUUGGACUGAGGACUAAGCCAAUUGGAGGCCGACAGGGGCGGGACAAAGUAAUGACCCUGGUCCAUAAAAGGCACAGGGCACAUGGACGCAAGAGAGGAAAAGAGCCAGGAGGAAGCCAAGUCAAGGCAAGAGGAGAGGUGGCAAUGACCAGGCAGCAACGAACAGACGACCACGUGAAGGCCCUGUCCAAUGUGUCACAGUGUGAGACAACCGCAACGGCAGGGCGAGAGGCUCUGCCUGGGCUGGACAUGAAUACACACGCAAGAUGGGAUACUCUGCUGCCUGGAUGGCGACAGAUUGGACCGCUGGCGUGAGGGACUGGACGUUUACGACCUCCUGUUUUUUGUUUCUUUGGAGGGUUUAAAGCAACCAUGGGAGCUGUAGAUGAUGCUAAAGUGAGGAGCGUGUUGGCAGCUCUUACACUACUGGCUCUACUGAGCCUCACCAACGGCAUCGCCGAGGGCCCGGAAGCCCCCCGCCCGGCUCCAGGCCUGUGGUCUGCCGGGCAGCACCGUCGCCUGAAGAGAGGCUGGCUCUGGAAACAGCUCUUUGUCCCGGAGGAAGACCCCACGCCUCGCGUCAUCGGCCAGCUCAAAUCCGAUUCUGACCGCGGGGAGUUUGGCAUCCAGUACAUCCUGUCGGGGGAAGGCGCCGGCGACGCAUUUGAGAUUGACGAGUACUCCGGUGAGAUUCGGACGUUGAAGAAGCUGGACCGUGAAGAGAAGGCCUUCUACGUACUCCAAGCGCAAGCUAUUAACAGGAAAUCCCAGGAACCCGAGGAGCCCGAGUCGGAGUUCAUCAUCAAGGUGCAGGACAUCAACGACAAUGCGCCGCAGUUCCAAAAUGAGCCGUACGUGGCCAGCGUCCCUGAGAUGUGCCCGACUGGCACCACCGUGAUCCAGGUGACGGCCACAGAUGCUGAUGAUCCCAUGUUUGGCAACAAUGCCAAACUCAUCUACUCCAUCCUACAGGGGGAGCCCUAUUUCUCUGUGGAGCCAAAGACAGGGAUCAUUGUGACUUCCUGGCCUGACAUGGACCGUGAGGCCAAGGAGCAGUACCUGGUGGUGGUGCAGGUGAAAGACAUGCUGGGCAUGAGUGGUGGCUACUCGGCAUCUACCACCGUCACUGUCAACCUGAGUGACAUCAAUGACAACGGGCCCAUCUUCCAGCAUCAUUUAUACACAUUUGCCAUUCCUGAAGAUGCACUGGUAGGCACGACAGUGGGUAAGAUCAAGGCAGAGGACGCUGACAUUGGCGUAAAUGCCAGGAUGAACUACAACCUGCAGGUGGACCUGGAAGAGAAUGCCACGUUCACCAUUCAGACUGACCCGCUGACCCAGGAGGGAGUCAUCCUGCUUGCUAAGCCAUUGAACUACGAGACCAAGCGACGCUAUGUCAUGGCGGCGGAAGCCACUAACGAGGUAGUGGAUCCCCGCUUCCUGACUGUGGAAGAGUUCUCGGACCAAACUACGCUAAAAAUCGUGGUGGACGAUGUAGACGAGGCGCCCGUCUUUAUUUCGACUGUCUACGAAUGGAAAGUGGCGGAGAACGCUUCACCAGGAACUGCGGUUGGUACUGUCAGCGCCCGCGACACCGACGAGGCUGAUGAAUCUGUCAGAUACUCCUUUGACAAACGUAGCGAUGCCGCAAACGCUUUCCGAAUCGACCCAACCAAUGGAACCGUUACCAUCGCCAAAUCUCUAGACCGAGAAACGUCCGCCUGGCACAACUUGACGAUCGUCGCUAAAGAAACCACGCAGAAGCGUUUAUCCUCCUCUGUGGUGGCGUCCAUCAAGGUGUUGGACAUAAACGACAACGCGCCGCAGCUGGCCAGCCGUUACCAGCCGUAUAUCUGCGAGGGGACGCAGGCGGGUGAGCUCAUUCAGCUGCUCAGCGCAACCGAUCCAGACGAGCCUUCCGAGGGUCACCACUUCUAUUUCUCCAUGGUCCCAGACAAGAACAUCAAUCCGAACUUCACCAUUCGGGAUAACCAAGACAACACGGCGGGCGUGGUGGCACGCAGGAGCACUUUCACCCGCAAGGACAGGAUACGCUACUUCCUCCCCGUGGUAGUGAUGGACAGCGGCUCGCCGGCGUUGUCCAGUACCGCAACUCUCACCAUUAGUGUGUGCAGCUGCCAGCCCGCCGGGCACUGUCCCUCCGGAGGAGUGGAAGCCCUGGCCCUGUCCAUGGGGGUCAGCCUGCAGACUUUUGUGGCACUGCUGGUGUGCCUGGUUUUGGCCACAGUCUCGACGAUUCUCAUGCUGCUGCUGUGGCGGCGCCGGCGCAAGCAAAACGAGGCCCGCAAGAAAGCCGUCAAGCUGGAGCUGCCCGACACUGUUUCGCAGAAGGUGCUGUACUACGCCGACGCGGGUCAAGAACUGAACAGAAACCUCGCCGCGCCGGUCCCGCUUCGCCCACACCCGAGGAGGCGUGAGAGGAAGCUCGCCCGGGAGGAGGUCCGGGCCAGCAUCCGCAUGUCUCUACGAGAGUCUCACCUGGUAGGGCCCGAGGACGACGUCUUCAGGCAGUUCAUCCUGGACCGACUAGAGGAGGCGGAUGAGGACCCGUACGCGCCACCCUUUGACCGCCUUAUGACGUACGCUUACGAGGGCGAGGGAUCCUCGGCCGGCUCACUUAGCUCGCUUGAGUCGUGCGGAAGUGAGAAGCCAUCUGCGGUUGCCAGGUCUCCUUGGGCCAGAUUGUCUCCAUGGUACGGCGGAGCUAGGGAGGACACCGUUUUCUGAAUGCCAGAAUACAAGGUUUGACAACAAAGAAACAAGACCGAGUCAGUGUCAACAUUUUGCCACUAAUCUGCUUUAAAAUCGUUUACUUCAUUCACUCUGACCUUCGUUUUCAGUUUUUUUGUGUUUCGAAUUGCUUUCACACUUUCAGUGCUUAUCAUUUUUUAAAACUUUUUUGUUGUUUAUAUGUAUCAUGACUUUCCUAAUUUCUUCCUAUGGAAGUCCAGAGAAGAAAAAUCAUUUUUCUCUGGACCUCCAUGCUUCUUUUUUUUUUAGAGAUUUGUAACUCUUCCGUUUCCUCUGCUCCUGUCAAGCAUUUGUGUUUUCAGUGCUGCUGCCCACUCUGUGCUUCAUUUUCAGACAUUUCAAGAGUUUGUGGCGCACGCUUGGCUCAUUUCUUUCGUGCUGCACUUCAUUUUCCCCAUUUUAUGUAAGACAAUGUGCCUUUCUCUUGCUCUGUGCUUCUUUUUCAGACUUUUUGUAUCGUGCUACUGUCACGGUGUAUCCAAUGAUCAGUUGGUAUUGUUUUUUCAGGCUUCAAUCCAAUCUUUGUUUUCACAUUCUUUUGUUAUGUUCUUCCUUUUCAGACUUUUUUGCAGCUUUUUCACUAAAUCGUUGCGUACUUCUUUUUCAUGCUGACGUCACUCUUUUAAAAGUUGAAAAAAAAUAAUCUUGUUCCUUUUCCAAGGCUACACAAAGCCUGAAAAAGAAGCAUGAGACAAGUGAACAACCCCUGCUACCUUUAGCAUCUUUGCUAGCAUUCCUAAUCUCAUUUUCACACUUUAAACAAAUCUUAAGCUUUACCAACAAAGUAUUUGAAUUAUUUAUGUUAAAGUAUAAUCCAAAGAGAAUUUUUUUAAUAUACUUUUGUCCACUCGUAACAUGCUAUCAUUGUGCGGUCGGUGUAUGCUGUAAUAAGUUGCAUAUAUUUUCGCUGCUGUAUUAUUCUCCUCGUGUAUUGGACCUACAUACAGUAUUACUGACCUGUAAAUUUUCAUUACAUGAUGCAAUUUACAAUGGAAUAUUAUAUAAGGCAGGUGUGAACGUUCAUUGUAAUUCACACGUGAGCGAACGCAUGCGGCGAUGUAUUUUUCUAAAUAAAUAUCACAUCCUCUGAAUGGUUUUGGAGUGCGCCGGUGAUGAAUAUGCAUCGCGCAGCGUGAUAUUAAACCUGCUAGUGAGUCAGCAUCGGGUUGAG